AUGUCGGCUCCAUCCUGCUGCUUACGGGCUACCAGCUUAGCCAAGCAGACCAAGGAGACCGAUCAACCAGACAACUCUCGUGGCGGACACCAGAAAAGCCAAAACGUCCUUUUGGCCGGAGCGUCGGGCGCAAGUCUGGUUGUACUUGGUGUCGCCGUAUCCAACCACGAGUCCGAAGAUGAGGCUCAAGCCACUGGCGCAGAUCGACUACGCGCCUCGCCCGUAGAUGGUCGCGACCCUUCUCGACCACGACACCGCCUCUCCGACAUCCGGGAUCAACAUGGACCUGGGUCGAAGAACCCCUGGGUGACGUUUGAGGACAAGGUGUACGAUAUCACAGACUGGGUUGGCGCACAUCCAGGCGGCGAUGUGAUACUACGGGCCGCAGGUGGCGCAAUUGAGCCCUACUGGGACAUAUUUACAAUACACAAAGCCACUCAUGUGCGUGAGAUUCUGGACCAGUACAUGAUAGGCUACAUCGCCAUCGAGGACCUGGACCAGAGGACCGGCCGGCCAGCGGCGGAGACCAUAGAAGAUCCGUUUUCAACAGACCCUGCCCGAGACCAGCGUUUGAUCAAACACACAGCUAAGCCUUGCAAUGCGGAGCCGCCGCCAGAGGAACUCGGAAAAGAGUUUAUCACUCCACCCGAGCUUUUCUAUGUGCGCAACCACAUGUGGGUACCCGUGGUGAAGGAGGAUCAAGCGGAUGAUCAUGCCUUGACUAUAGAGCUUCCAGAUGGAGAAGAGCGUGUGUACACUCUGGCGGAGUUGCGGUCUCGAUUCCGCCUCCACCGUGUUACCGCUGCCCUUCAGUGUAGUGGGAACAGGCGGAGCGACAUGACUUCCUCAACCGCCGCCACCAAUGGCUUGCAGUGGGGCGUGGGAGCCAUCUCCAACGCCAACUGGGAGGGCGUAAGACUGGCUGAUGUUCUUUUGGAUGCGGGACUGAAGCCGGCACAGUUCGCGUCAACCGCGGUGGCGAAGGACAGCCAGGGUGACGCAGACAGCGGCGAAAUGCACGUGCAAUUUUCCGCCCUCGAGGCCUACGGCGCAUCAAUCCCACUUUCCACGGCCCUCGACCCACGAGCAGAUGUCCUCCUUGCUUUCGGAAUGAACGGGAAGCCACUGCCUCGUGAUCAUGGAUACCCACUGAGAACCAUUGUUCCUGGCCAUGUAGCUGCCCGUUCCGUCAAGUGGCUCAACAAAAUUGUUGUCAGCGACGAAGAAUCUCCAAGCCAGUGGCAGCGUCGCGACUACAAAUGCUUUGGCCCCAACGAAGGCGCAAAACCCGACUGGGAUCGGUAUCCUGCGAUCCAAGAGAUGCCCAUCACUAGCGCUACCACAGGUGUUUGGGUUGGCGAUUGUGUCCGGGCAGCAGCGGCAGCAGCAAAGUCGGGCACUGAGUGGAUGUUGCGGCGGACAGAUGAAGCACGUGCCGCGCCUGGAGUGCGGGAUCUCCCUGCCUGGCAACGUGAGCACCUCAACUCGAAAGACCCCAAAUAUGCUCUCAAGAUGGAUAGUACCGAGGGUGACGUACCCAUGGCAUUGAUGGGAUAUGCUUAUUCUGGAGGCGGGAAACAUAUCAUCCGAGUUGAUGUCAGCGUCGAUGGAGGCAACACAUGGGCUCAAGCUGAGCUCCUUGACGACUGUGGACCUGAAGGCAAAAACUGCAGAGGCUCAAAAUACUGGGCUUGGAGACGCUGGCGGUAUUUUGGGAGUCUGCCCGAGCUCGCUGAAACACGGGGCGACAAAGGAUGUACAACUGUUUUGGUCAAGGCCACCGACUUGGCCUACAACACUCAGCCGGAACAGCACACAGGUAUAUAUAAUGUCCGUGGAAAUUUAGCUACGGCUUGGCACCGGCUUCUCGUAUGUCCGUCAUCCGUCAAAAGGCCCGACGGAAAGACAACCUGGUGCGCCGGAAACGCUGUCUAUGGUUCUGGCUUCUGCAAGCCGGAGGCGACCGCCAACAAGACGUGA